UUGAAUGUGCUUGCACGUUGCAACGAGCACCAGCUAGCUGAGUAGUCAAUGAACAUCUUUGCAUCUUCCUACAGUGCAGCAAACAAGUGGAAUGAUAAGACGAGCCCGAACCAAAACGUGUUACAAAGAGAAGACAACAGAUGAUGAAGACUCUGAUGAGCAGUCACAAGAGCAAGAGAGCAAGGAGGAGGAGGAGGAAUGGGAGCCCAAGCCCGCAGCCCCAAAGAGGCAGCGGAAAGCCAGUGGCACAGCAAAGGAACCGGCUGAGAAGAAAACAACAGUGAAGAAGCCCGCCAAACCGAAGGAGCCAAAGCCCAAGGCCACCCAAAAGCCGACGGAGAAGAAGCCCAGGGCUCCCAGAAGUAAGAAGAUGGAGCCGUCUGUCCCAGCAGAGAUCAUUGGAGGAGCAGAGGAAGGAGGAGGCUGCACUGCUGACACAGCGGCCACAGAGGUGGCACCGAAGGUCAAGGAGGUGCUGAAGGAGCCAAAGCCCAGAGCCCCCCGAAAGCCGACGGAGAAGAAGCCCAGGGCUCCCAGAGCUAAGAAGAAGGAGCCGUCUGUGCCAGCGAAGGUCACCGAAGGAACAGAGGAAAGAGAGGGGUGUGCUACUGACACAGCAGCCACAGAGAUGGCACUGAAGGUCAAGGAGGAGAGGCUGUCCUUCGGCGUGCCGUUCGGUGGAAACCACAAUGACGUUGGUGAGACAGGAGGUGGGCCGUCCCAGAAUCCUUUCUCUGCUCAGCAGCCAAAGCUGGUCAAGAAGGAGGAGCCUGAAGAUGACUUCACCUUUGAUGAGCCAGUCACCAAGAAGCUGAAGACCAGCGACGCCCCGCAGGGGAAAGCUGUGAGGCAGCCGAAGGCAGGGAGGGACCUGCACUACGACCUGCAGAUGAACUGGAAUCCAAUAGAGGUUCUCUCUGAGAUGACACAAGUGGAGCACUGGGUAUGUGCGAAUAUUGUGCAGCUCUUCCAGGAGGAGAACACGAUCCCUUUCAUAGUCCGCUACAGAAAGGAGCUCAUCAACCACAUGGAUGCAGAUGCAGUGAGGGAGGUCCAGCUGGCUCUAGAGGAGCUCUGCACGGUAUCAAAGAAAAGCCAGUCCAUUCGCCAGACGCUGAAGAAGGAGGGGGUUCUGACAGCCGAGCUGGAGGGAGCCCUGAAGAACUGCAGAAACACAGACGAGCUGGAGGAUGUGUAUGCCCCCUACAAGAAGGGAAGCAAGCUGUCCAAGGCGCGGCGAGCCAAGCAGCUGGGUUUGGAGCCCGCCGCCCUCGGCCUGCUGCAGGAUCCCCAAGCCCUGGACCUGCGGUCCUGGGUCAGCCCGAGCACUGAAGGUGUGUCAACACUAGAAGAAGUGGCCACAGGUGUGGAGCAAAUUCUGGCUGACACGAUUGCCAAGGACAAGGAGACCCUGACGUUUGUGCGGUCGUUGUGUGAUCGGAGCGGCGUGACGCUGCACUCCGCCGUGUCCAAGGCGGCCUUGAAGGAGCAGGCCCAGCAGCAGCAGAAGGCGGACAAGUCGGCAAAGCCCAAAGACAUCGACAAGUUCCGACUGUACAGCGACUUCACCUGUAACAUCCAGCGCAUUCAGCACCACCAGAUCCUGGCCAUUAACCGAGGGGAAAAUCUGAAGAUUCUGACAGUGAAGGUCAACGUCCCCGACAGGGUGAAGAGCGAGUUUUGUAGGUGGUGUGUCAACGUCAGGUGGAGGCCGAAGGGCUACGCGCGAGAGGAGUUUAUGAAGAUACUGCGCGACGCUGUGGAGGAUUCUUACAAAAGGCUCAUUCUUCCCCUGCUGUGCAGAGCGUACAGGACCUCUCUGACAGCCAGUGCGGAGAAGGAGUCGAUCGCCAUGUUCGUGAGGAACCUGCGACAGCGCCUGCUCGUGUGCCCGGUUCGUGGCUGCACCAUCAUGGGCGUGGACCCGGGCUACCGGCACGGCUGCAAGCUUGCCAUCCUCUCACCCACCGGUCAGAUCCUGCACACAGACGUAGUGUACCUGCACCAGGGGGGCGGGGCCAGGGAGGCCGACAAACUGCACCAUCUUAUGAUUAAGUACAGCUGUCAGAAGAUUGCGAUUGGUAAUGGGACAGCGUGCCGAGAAACGGAAGAGUUCUUCGCUGGUCUCAUCGCCAGGAAAUUCUUCCAGCCACUGGACGUUUCUUACUGCAUCGUUAACGAAGCAGGGGCUUCCAUCUACAGUGUGAGCCCUGAGGCAGUGAAGGAGAUGCCUGACUUGGACCCCAACCUGAGGAGUGCAGUUUCCAUCGGGAGACGUGUUCAGGAUCCGUUAGCUGAACUGGUGAAGAUCGACCCCAAACACAUCGGCAUUGGGACCUACCAGCACGACGUGUCGCAGACGUCUCUGAAGGCGGCCUUGGACGGGGUGGUGGAGGAGUGUGUGAGCUUUGUGGGAGUGGACAUCAACAUCUGUUCGGAGACCCUGAUGAGACACGUCGCAGGCCUGAACGCCGGGCGGGCGCGGAGCAUCGCCGAGUGGCGGGAGAAGAACGGGCCCUUUGUGAACCGGGAGCAGCUAAAGCUGGUGAAGGGCCUCGGGCCAAAAAGCUUCCAGCAGUGCGCCGGCUUCAUCCGGAUCAACCCAGAAACCUUCCAGAGCUGUCGCAGUGACAGCGCAGAAGUGGACCAAACUGCAGUGCCUUCUGGGAAAGCGGCGGGCAAGAAGAGCAAGGGAAAAGGCGCAGCUGGGGGUACCGCCCAGCCCAACCCACUGGACCAGACGUGUAUCCACCCCGAGUCCUACAGCAUCGCCAUGAAGUUCCUGGCGCUGGUGGAGGGCCGGGUGGAGGAGACGGGCCGGCCGGAGCUGAAGCAGAGGGUGGAGGCCAGCUUGCAGCGCAGCGGCCUGGAGGCACUGGCCGGGACCCUGGGCACCACGCCCGAGACGCUGCAGCUGAUUGUGGACGGACUCACGCAGCCUUCUGGCUUCGACAUCCGACAGAAUUUCGAGCAGGCGGACUUCAAGCGGGGGGUGGUCUCCAUGAGAGACCUCCAGGUGGGCGCGGUUCUGACGGGCCGGGUGGAGAACACCACGCUGUUCGGCUCCUUCGUGGACAUCGGCGUGGGCCAGUCGGGCCUGAUCCACAAGAGCCACAUCACGGCGGCGAAGCUGCCCGAGGACCGGCGCCGCCGCAGCCUUGCGCUGGGCCCCGGCGAGCGGGUCGAGGUCCGGGUGCUCAACGUGGACCCCCAGCGCCGCCGCAUCGGGUUGGACCUGAUCCGGGUGCUCAGAUAG